CUUCCUCUCCUUUUCCAGACCAUUUUUACCGACCCUGUUCCUUCUCUUUCUCUCUCUCUCUCUCUCUCUCUCUCCCCCUCUUGUAGAAAAAAGGGCUGGUUAAUAUCCUCCUCUUCACCACUUUCUCUUCCUCACUUUCCUCACUCUCCCUUUUUAAAUAGAACACACGCACACAAAGACAAAAAGUUUCUUUAUUAGAAUUUAAAUCGUGAUGAGUCCCGGGGUACAAUCCAUUGCCGACUUGACAACCGAAACAAACCCAACAUCGGGCGAAAUCCCACCACCACUGGUUGGUGCCUCGACCCUUGUCGUUGGCAACUACAUGUACGUCUUUGGUGGACGACUGGUCUCGUCCCGUCAAAUGACCAACCACCUCUAUGUCCUGAACCUGACGACGUUUGUGUGGAGACGACAUACCGCACCACCGGACUCGACACCUGCACCACAACCGCGCUAUUUCCAUUCAGCUAAUACGUACAAGAACCACAUGGUUGUGUUUGGUGGUAUGAGCCAUGCGACGAUGCAUCGACAACAGGAGUUAUGCGCGCUGGACGACGUGUGCCUACUGAACUUGCAGACAAUGACAUGGACAUACCCAGAUAUCGCACCCAGCAUAUUCAGUCCCCAGCCACGCUAUGCUCACUUGUCCGUAACGGGCCAGGACAAACUUGUCGUGAUGGGCGGUCAGGAUAUGGCAAACCAGUACAUCAAAGAGAUCAAUGUGUUGGAUCUCAAGACGUUUGUAUGGAUCCAGGGAUGCCCCUUGGAAGGACAGUAUGGGGCCUAUCGAUCUGUUGCAUGCAGUCCACGACCCAACGAUCCAUCGCUCAAAUCAAACUCGCCCUUUGUUUCGGUCGGAGAAGGAGUAGACGAAGAGAAGAAUAUCCCCAUCUGUGUGUAUUCCAACUACAAUUUCGCCGACGUGGCGCGAGACUUGCAGACGUUUUAUCCAUUGCGAACACCUCAGCUCCGGGACCAUUCGGCAGACAUGUCGGGUGCAUCGUUACCGCCUGGUUUACGGUUCCCCAUGGGUCAUUUAUUAGGCCAUCACAUGAUCCUGACAGGCACGUAUCUCACACCCACCCACAGGUCGUUUCACAUCUGGGCCCUGAACCUGACGAACUUGGUAUGGAUGCGGAUUGAUACGGGCGCAACAUUUUCUUCGGGAUCUUGGAAUCGUGGUGUAUUGGGCGACACUGGAGACGAUUGUAAUGGCACCGAUGUUGGUGGUGAUGGCAAGAAGGAAAACAAUAGCCACACAUUCUACGUACUGGGCCAUCGCGACCGAGACUUGUUGGAGGAUUAUAACCGACGUCAGGUCAAUUUUGAUCACGUUGCAACGGUCGACAUGGAAGCGUUUGGCAUUUACUUGCAUCCACCAUCCACUUGCGCGCCCAUAGCACAAGAAUUAGGUCUGAGCAUGCUCAACGAACCCAGCAUGUCUGAUAUCGAACUCGUUACUUCCGACAACAAAUCCAUUCCGGCCAACUCUAAUAAUGAAUACAAGGCACUGGCGUUCCCAGAAAGCUAUCCCAUAGCACUGGCGUUUUUGCAGUACAUUUAUACCGACCACCUGAUGACCGCACAACAGCACCAACCUCACAUACUAUCGCGACUCUUGAUCUUGGCAGACAUGUACUCGAUGCCACGACUCAGUCAACUGGCCACACAUGCAUUGCAUCAGAUCUUGACGAUAUCGACUGCCAGCAUGGUCUAUGAAACAGCCGCCCUCACGUGUCGAACAGCACUGCAGAUCCGUGCGCUUCGCGUCAUGAUCAAUGCCAAAAAAAUGCUUCAACAACAACAA